AUGAAUUAAGGCCCAAUUAAUUAUACAAGAACAAUGAAACCUGUAGUUCCAACUUAUUACCCAUCAGAAAUUCGACAGCAAUCAGUUGGUAAGGAAAAUAGAGCACCUAUUAAACACAAUUCAUGUAGUUAAAUUAGAUUUGUUAAUGUAUUUAAAUUAAAUUAUCUAAUAAGAAUAUACCAUCAGCAAAAACAUAAGACAGCUUUGAUUCAUAGAGAACUUAAGAAUAAAUCUUUGAUAAAUUAAAAUUAUAAGUAAUCUAAUUGCAAUAUGAAUAAAAUACUUUAAACGAACAAUUUCAAAUUCAAAUAAAAUCUCUAAAUGAUAGAAUGACUUGUAAUGAAUAAAGUGUUAAAUCAUUGUAUGAUACUGGAAUUGGAUAAUUAAAUAAUGAUGUUCAAUUAAAAGAUAAAAUCAAGCAAUUAGAAUUGAAAAUAGGAGAAAUUUAAUUAUUACUCAUUAAUUAAGAUUAGAAAACACAAUUGCAUACCUAAUCUAUAAUGGAAAAACUAAAAAAGACUAUUCUUGAAACUACUAAUAAAACAGAAAUUAAAAUUUAGACUUAAUUAGACACAAUCUCUCAAACAAUAAAUAAUUUAUAAAAAUCCUAAACUACUACAUCUUAGUCUAAUUAUAUCAGUUAAGAUUUAAAGAGAUUUUAAUAGUUCAAUGAGGAAGUUUCAUCUUAUCUAAGCUAAACAAUCAAUUCUAAUAGUAUAAAUAUUAUUGAAUAAAUGGUUGCCGAUAUUAAACCUGACUAAAAUCCUAUUAAUACUGCAAGCCCACUAAAAUAAUAAAUUACUAAUAAAUGUAAAUAACUUCAAUUAUAUCAAAGAUAAAUGCCAAAUGUCUGCAAUUUCAGAAAAGACCCUUGAUGAUUCUAGGAGUGAUUAUUAAUAGAUUCAAUAAUAUGAAUUGGAUAGCAAUGGAUAUCUAAUAUCAAAUGGUUCUUAUGUAUUAGAUUAAAAUGGUUAAAGAUAUUAACUGAGUUAAGAACAAAUUAAUUAUCUAAAAUCUAUUAAUGUUAUUGAAGAAAUAAAUUCAUGA